UAUAUAGAAGAAUACAAUGUUUCUUGGUUAUAGGUACAUAGUGACUUCACUUAUAUGCAUAGGAAUGGUAAUUGUAUUUGGUUUAAAGAUCUCUUUUAAUGCGUUAAUGAAUAAUAUUGUAUAUCAUACUUAUGUACGGCUUGUAAACGGCACAUCGGCCGGAUUCUGUUAUCAACCAAGUGCUAAACAUUUAGAACGUAACGUUACUAGCAUAUUUGAUAUGUCGGUUGACCUUCAAAAAUGGUUGAUGGAUUCAUAUAAUUAUGGUUAUAUAUUUGGGAACUUUCCCGGCGCAUAUAUGGCAGAAUUUAUGAGUGCAAAAUGGACGUGGUUCGCUAGUAUUGUAAUAAAUAUAAUUUGUUGCUUUGGGUUCACAUUCGUACCUACCUCACUGUUCUGGCCACACCUUUCAAUCAGGACUAUUCAAGGAUUUGCCAGUGGAUUCAUAUAUCCCGCUACCUCAAUUUUAUUGGCAGAAUGGGCACCGGACUCACAAAAAAAUACGAUCGGUGGUAUAGCAUUUGUAGGUACCAUGCUUGGAUCAGUUUUGGGCAGAGUGGUAUCUACUUUCCUAAUGACAAUGUUUACUUGGGAUUAUACUUAUUAUAUUAUGACAGGAUGUAGUUGUUUAUGGUUAAUUUUAUGGGGUGGACUGGUUUAUGAUAAACCAUCAGAAUCGCCUUUUAUUAAAGAAAAAGAGCGCGAUUACAUCCUUCUAUCCAACAUUGACAUAAUAAAAAGGAAAACUCCAAUCAGCGUUGAUUGGAGCAAAGUUUUCACAAAUAAACCAUUUUGGGCUUUAUUUGUCAUGCACUCAAGUUGCGGGACAGUUUUUACAAUAGUCAUGAAAGAUAUGGUCAUUUAUAUGUGGGAUGUAUUGUUUAUGAACAUGCAACAAAUAAUUAUAUUCACGAACCUAGCGUACUGUAUCCAAUGCGUAUGCACAAUCUUCUUAGGAAUUACUUUAGAUAGCCUUGUGCGUAGAAAGAAGAUUACUCAAUGUUGGGCCAAGAAAAUAUCAACACUACUGAUUAGUGCACCAAGUUUUAUUUGCAUUAUGAGUUUAAGUUACAUUAAAUGCAGCCUAGUCGUAGCUGUUAUGCUUAUUAUGAUCAUUAUGAUUUGCUUUUGCGGAAUGAAUACCGGGUAUCUUAUAAAUCAUGUUGAUAUCGGACCAAAAAUUGCUGGAAGAUUGAUGGCUAUCACCAAUACUGGAGCAUCUCUAGGUGCUAUUAUUGCACCAUUAAUAAUGGAUCGUGUUUUAGAUGAAAAACUUAGAAACAUUGUUACUUGGAGGGUAGUAUUUUGGACUUGCGGUGGAUUUUUUAUAGUUGAUAUGAUGUGUUAUACGAUUUGGGGUGAUGCUGCCAACCAGGACUUUUACAGAGAACAAGAUGAUGAAGACUAGGAAAUAUAAUAUUAAUAUGUCUUAAAAUAAUAUAUUUAACUUAUUUUUUUGA